GAAAUUGCGAGGUUCUAUCAUGGAUGGUGAAAUCAGACUCAAAUGGCUAAGCCGGACACAACUUAUCUCGCAAGUUAAAUCACAGUAACCAACAUGUACUUUUGAGAGGUCUCUUUCACUGUCUCACAUACACACUGAGCUCAAUCACUGGCUUUGACUUAAAUAGUGUUGUAUCGGUUAUCCCUUUGGUGACUAUACAUUUUGAGUCAUAAACUGGUUUGAUGUUCGGUUAGUCAAUCAAAAAGCGUACUAGUGCAAUGGUUAAUUUUUGUACUCCAAACCAAUUUCACUGUCCUGAACUUUGUAAUGAGCUAUCAGAUAUCGAUUUUUAUAUAUAGUUUAAAGUUCGAGUUCUUGUAAUGUCUUCAACUAUAAGGUGCAAAGCUAUAAAGGAAUAGGAAAAUAGUAGCACACUGAUCAAGCCCAAUCAAUUUUUUCAAUAAUUCUAUUAAAAAAAAGGUUCCAAGUUCUUUAAUCAUUGUCUAUAAGAGUCAUAAAGAUUAAAGCAUCGGAAAAUAGUAUUUUUAUUUGUGUUAAAAAAUAUAAUAUCAAUUUUAUCACAUACAAUAGUUCUACUGCAUUAAAUUUAAGAUUUAUGUUAAAUAUGACUUUUAAAUUUUGCAAGAAUUAAUAGACCUUUAACCAACCACUGCACCAAUAGUAUUUCCACAGGAAACUGCAUUUUUAAUGAAAUGCUAUAACUGUGUGCAAAUGAAUUUAUGUACAUUGACAAAGCUUAACUAACUUUUCUAAUAACUCUUAUCUAACCUAGCAAACUGUGUUGUUAGACUGGGAUUAAUGUCAACACUAAUAGUUGUUGAAAACUUCAAACUAACCAUUGUUAAAUGCUUCCGUUGAAAAAUCACUCUGGUGAGACAUUUUAACCCUUAAAUUAUGCAUUAAUAAUAUUUUAGUAUAGGUUCCAUAUAAUCCACGUCUAAUUAUAUAAUAUGGAAAACUGGGACGAGAACAAGAAACAAACCGGUUUAGUUUCGGUACCAUUGAGCUCAAGUUAUUCUACUAAUAAUAAGAUGGUAUGGGUUCAGUUCACGUGUUGAACUUCGAACAGAACAAGCUCGUGCGCGUGUCUCAACAACCAACCAAGUCCCUUUGGUCGCUGGCCCUUCAACAAAACAACAAAACGCCGCCGUUCCGUUGGCCGCGUUUCCCAACUAACAUUCAAAGGGGCUUAUAAACUCAACUAACGUUCAACGAAAACUAUCCGUCUCAUUCUCUUUCCUUUUCACCACCUUCUUCAUCACUAUAGACUUAAGCUCAUCUAAAGUACGGACCUUGAUCCAUCUCAUCUAACGUGCCCUACCGUGACACGUGUCCCUUAGUGUCGGCUAGUCCUCAACGAACCGAACUGGUACGACCGAUACAUCAACGAGCCACAACCCCAAAAACCGGGUUCGGAUCAGCCCCGGAUCUCUUCCUAACUACUUUACAAAGGCUCCUUUCUUCAAAUCGUUUUCAGAACUUCAGAUCUCUCUCACCGUGAGUACUACUUUGUCCUCUCAUGGGUUGACUAUAAUGGAGGUGAAAGAGAGUAAGAGAGUGGUAAUAGCAAAACCAGUUGCUUCAAGGCCUUCAUUCACUAGCAUCAGGACAUUCGCUAAUCUUUUAACUGAUUCAGUUACCGUAUCUCCUCCCCAUGAGACUGUAGACGCUGCUAUAAGACCAAAGACUCUGAGGUUUAAACAGCCAGCGGCAGCGGCAGCUUCGGUCUCAUGUCCACAGGUGGAAGGAAAUGACAAAGGAAAGUCUUGUGAUGAUUCAGAUACCAAAAGCUAUGUAGUUUAUAAACCUAAAGCAAAGCUUGUCUCCCAAGCAACUGUCUCCGCAUUGGCUAAUAUGCUUCAGGGUAAUCACCAACAGGUUUGGAGACAAAGCGAAGCAGUACCGUAUGGGAAGAGUGUGAGCCAAGGUACACGCCCUAACCUAGUCCCUAGGGUUCCAUCCUUUAAAGAAUCAGAGACAUCGGCUGGAGACAGAUCUUCAGUAGACGGAUACAACUGGAGGAAGUACGGACAGAAGCAAGUCAAAGGAAGUGACUGUCCAAGGAGUUACUACAAAUGCACACACCCUAAAUGUCCGGUCAAGAAGAAAGUAGAGAGAUCAAUGGGUGGUCUGGUCUCAGAGAUUGUGUAUCAAGGUGAACAUAAUCACUCUAAACCGUCUUGUCCUCUUCCGCGGCGCGCUUCAUCAUCAUCCUCUUCAGGGUUUCAGAGACCACAACGAGAGCUAGCUUCGGAAGGAUCAAUAGGACAAGACUCUAGUAAUGUUUGUUUCCAUCCUCUUUGGAGCAAUCAAAGCAAUGACUCAUCUAAAAGCAUAGCAGAGAAGAUGAAUGAGGGUUGUGUAAUAACACCAUUCGAGUUUGCUGUUCCAAGAUCGGCGAACUCGACUGGUGGGACUUCAGAUUCUGGUUGUAGAAGUAGUAGCCAGUGUGAUGAAGGAGAGCUUGAUGAUCCUAGCAGAAGCAAGAGAAGCAGGAAGAACGAGAAGCAAGCAAGUCAAACAGGAGUAUCACAAAGCUCAGUGGAAUCAGACAGUCUUGAAGAUGGAUUCAGGUGGAGGAAGUACGGUCAAAAAGUGGUUGGAGGCAAUGCGCAUCCGAGAAGUUAUUACAGAUGCACGAGUGCAAACUGCAGAGCAAGGAAACAUGUUGAGAGAGCUAGUGAUGAUCCAAGAGCUUUCAUUACAACCUAUGAAGGUAAACACAAUCACCAUUUGAACUUGAGACCUCCAACUUCGCCUACUCUUCCCUUUACCUCCUCACAACAUUCUAAUCAAGCCAUUUGAUGAUGACUCCUCCAUUGAUGCUUCUUCUUCAAUCUUCAUAGCACAUUUGAUUAAUCAAUCAAUUUCUUGUUUCCAUUGUGAAUUUAUUUUAUUUUACAUCAAAGUUGUAAGGACGAGAAGAUAAUUGUUAUUUGAUAAACAACAGAAAAAAAGCAAAUAAAAAGAGUGUUUCAUUUUAA